CCUCCAUAAGUACUACUCCCUCCGGUCCUAUUUAUAAGCAUGAAAGAGAAGAAAAAUCUUGGUCCUUUUUAUAAGAACCAAAUGAAAGUUUGAGCUAUAUUAAUUAUUUUUUUCCAAUGAUGCCCUUAUUAAUUCUAACUUGUAAAAUGUGUCUCAUUAAUUAUUCUCUCUCUUUCUCACUUUCCAACACUAAUAACAAAGGGUAAUUUUGGAAGUUUAUUUUGAUUCAAGACAAAUUUAAUGCAUUUUAUCUAGUUUAACUACAUUUCUUAAACUAUGUGAAUUUUUUUUUUGUUGCUUAUAAAUAGGACCGGAGGGAGUACUCUUUAAUUUAUCAUCAUUCUCUUCUUGUUAUUGAUUACACCUCAGGGAGAUAGUUGAGAAGCUCUAUUGCAACUGAUUCUAUGAUCAUGGGAUAUCAAAAGCCUGCAUGGUUGGAAGCUCUAUACACAGAAAAGUUCUUUGUGGGGUGCUGUUACCAUGAGAAUGCAAAAAAGAAUGAGAAGAAUGUGUGCUGCUUAGAUUGCUGCACAAGCAUUUGUCCUCACUGCCUGCCUUCUCAUCGCUACCACAGGCUUCUUCAGGUUCGGCGUUACGUUUAUCAUGAUGUUGUCAGAUUGGAAGAUCUUCAGAAACUCAUAGACUGCUCCAAUGUUCAGGCCUAUACCAUCAAUAGUGCUAAAGUGGUGUUCAUCAAGAAGAGACCUCAAAACCGCCAAUUCAAAGGGUCAGGAAACUACUGCACUUCCUGUGAUAGAAGUCUCCAAGAACCUUUCAUCCAUUGCUCUCUAGGAUGCAAGGUGGAUUUUGUGCUGAAACACUGCAAGGACCUCACUCCAUACUUGAGGACAUGCAACUCCCUUCAACUAAGCCCUGACUACCUAAUCCCACAAGACAUGGGGGAUGAAGAGAUGACUAAUUCAACAGUUGUUGAUUGUGAUGAGCCAAUGAGUUCAUCUUCAGGAUCAGAGAACAUGAGCAUGGCUUGCACUGAGAUUGUGAGGAAGAGGAGGAGUGGAUGGAGUGUGUGUGCAAAAUUCAUGACCAAAACCAAUAGCUAUAAGGUUUCAGAUGAAGACAUGGCCACAAGCAUGAGUAGAAGAAAAGGCAUCCCUCAUAGAUCUCCUCUGUGUUAGUUAAUUUUUUUUGCUUUACACCACCAAUGAAUAAACACAGCCCCCAACAAAAGAGAGGGACAAAGAAAAAAAUGAAAGAAAGAAAGGAUUACUAGCAGUUUUUUUAUUUUAUUUUACUACUUAAAAUUUUUAAUAAUUUUUUAAUUGCUGUGACAUGAUAAUUUUGACUGGAGGGAAUUGUUCAAUGUCCUCUGUCUCUCGAAGUUGAAGUUUUUUGUUAAAUUAAUCACUUGGUCGGGGGUUUUGUCUUAAUGGCAUCACGUGAUUCCCAAUUCCAAGUUAUGGUCUGUACAUUUAUUUAGUAGUUUUAUAUGUAUACAACAACUAUAUCAUGAUAAUUAAUUAUUCUUAAAUCCUAGUCAAGAAUCCUGCUUUUGACUGGUAAAUUAAAUCUUUAGUAACCACAAAUUGUGUAAAGGUACUCAUUUGUGUAAGAGAACCUGUAUUUGUUUUUUA